GUGAGGUAGGAGGUAUGAGAUCCUUGGGUAGAGGCGUGAGCCUCGCGAUCGGGAAGGCGCACGCAUGCAAAGAGCGUGUUGGCUGAGACCUGGUGAGCGGUUGCCAAAUCGGGGGGUGAGGUUGAAAUGGUGGGGUUGUAGAUCGCGCUAAGCCUUCUUCGGCUAUGGUAAGUCGCCCGAACGACUUCCGGGAACUAAGAACCCGCUAUAAUAUAGCAGGUACACCCUAACGCUGCUGAUUUUUCAGGGCAAUUGCGGGUCUGCAGAAAUAGCAAACGGCGGUAGGUACAAAUGACGUUAACGUCCGCAAAAAUAUUAAAAAUAGAUACUCUCGAAGAUUGGCAACAGUAGGUAAUAUAAUAAUAUGACAAACACAUGUGGUACACAAAGUACGCCGCAAAAAUACUGCCUCAACAAAUGCUACCGCAGAGAUCUCUACAGGCUUUUCUAACGGCGGCCCGCGCGACUCUCACGGCUCCGCCUCUCUCGCGCUCCGGGCCGCUGCAUUUCGUUGUCGGGAACGAAUCCGCUGACCUCGACUCCCUAUGCUCGACGCUCUUGCUGGCGUACUUCCGCAGCCACACGCCGCCACAUAUCUUACACGUGCCGCUAUGCCAUCUCCCACGCGAGGACCUCGCGCUGCGGCCCGAGUUCGGGGCGGUUCUGAAGUGCGCUGGUGUCACGGUAGAUGAUGUGCUGACGUUAAGCGAGAUGCUGCCGAUGAAGGGUCGGGGGCGGGCAGCGGUUGAGAAGGGGGUGCUGAAGCCGGAGGACACGAGGUGGUUGCUUGUCGACCACAAUGUUUUGACUGGGAGGCUUGGAAAGGAUUUUGGUGAUAGGGUUAUUGGGUGUAUCGACCAUCAUGACGACGAGGGCGUCGUGCCGAAGGAUGCGGAACCACGGGUUAUUAAGAAGACCGGGAGCUGUAUGAGUCUGGUUCUGGAGCAGUGUCGUGAGACAUGGGAUGAAAUGGCGAGCCGCGGGAAACUCAUACCGAAUAAGUCGGAGAUCAACGAGCAAUUGGCGUAUUUAGCGCUCGCGCCGAUCCUGAUCGAUACGUCGAAUUUGAAAAACAAGGAUAAGACUACGGAGAAUGAUGUGCGCGCGGUUGGGCUUGCGGAGCGGUGGAUCCUGUCGUCGCGGGCCGAGCAAGCUGCUACACGGCUGUUGCCUACCUCCCCUAUAUCCACCAGCACCUACGACCGCGAUAGCUUCUUCGCUGAAGUAUCCGCCCUUAAGGAGGACAUCUCGCAGUUGGUGGUCCGCGAUAUCCUACGCAAAGAUUACAAGGAGUGGACCGAGGGCAGCCUCAAGCUGGGCACCUCGUCCGUGCCGCAGUCUUUCACGUUUCUUAUCAAGCAUGCAGGCACUAGGCACGCGUUGUCGGGGGCGGUGAACGACUGGAUUGUUAGGAAUAAGUUAGAUGUUUUGGCGGUGCUGACGACGUCAAAGGACGAUAAAGGGGUUUUUAGGAGGGAAUUGAUGGUGUGGGUUAAGAGUUUGCCGUAUGCGCUGAGUGCGGUGAAGGGGUUUAUGGAGGGAGAAGGGAGGGAGAAACUGGGGCUUGUGACUUGGGGAGAGGGGAUGCUGGAUGAGGUCGAUGCGAAGGGGAGUUGGAAGAGGUGUUGGAGGCAGGAGAAGGUGGAAUUCAGCAGGAAGCAGAUCGCGCCUAUGCUGAGGGAUGUGUUGAGAGGGGUUUGAAGGGUUGGUGUGAUGGGUUUUAUGAGCGAGGAAAUUGGCUGUUUGGCUGGAUAGUAAGCAUGCAUAGCAUUGUUGAAAUAGAAUUAGUAGACGUUCAAUACACAUAGAUUUUAUUCA